CCCAUUCACCAGGCCGCACUACAAGGCCACGUCGAGGUGGUCAAGAUACUGUUGGAGGCUGGUGCUCAAGUUGACCCGCACAAGGACGACUACGAUGAUGAGACGACUUCUCCCCUAUGGCGCGCGGCUGAUCAAGGGCAUCUUGAGGUUGCCGAGCUUUUGAUUCAGAAAGGCGCGGACGUUAAUCUUCCAUCUUUUCGAUUAGAGGCCUUCCCAAUUCAUACAGCGGCCGCGAACGGGCAUGCCGAAGUUGUCCGUCUCCUUCUCAAGAAUGGAGCGGAUGUAGACGCUCGAGACUACUAUAUGGACUGGACUCCACUUAUGCAUGCCGCGUGUGGAAACCAUAUUGGGAUCAUCAAUCUUCUC